GAAGUCCGGGAGGGAGCACCGAACACGGUUUAGUGCAGCCGAGUCUUCUCUUGAGCUAACGGAUCCGCGGAGCCAAGUCCUAAACAAAUCCUCGACCCCCUGACCAAGUACAAGUUCAGAACCUCGCUGUCUCUAAUCGAUCCCCAGAAAGGCUUUUCUCUGCGCUCCCAGCUCCUAUAUAACUCCAUCCCGGCGGCUUCUGAUCUGCCACCUCCACGGAAAACCCUCUACAAGCUAGUCCUCGCUUCCCCCACUUUUCUUGCUUCCGAACCUCCAUUAGCCUAAAACAUCCCCACCCCGCCUUUUGUCCUCUGAAUCCCUGUGAUAAUGGCGCAGAAGAUCGUGAUCAAGGUGCAGAUGACUUGCGACAAGUGCCGGUCCAAGGCGAUGGCGCUGGUGGCGGCGUUCGUGGGCGUGAACUCGGUGUCGCUCGCCGGGGACGACAAGGACCAGGUGGUGGUGGUCGGCGACGGCGUGGACUCCGUCAAGCUCACCAGCGCGCUGCGCAAGAAGGUCGGCCCCGCGAAGCUGAUGCAGGUCGGGGACGCCAAGAAGGAGGAGCCGGAGAAGAAGAACAAGAAUCCCGAGCCCACCGUGGUCGAGUACACGUCCUACCCGUGGCAAUAUUACCACCAGCCGGCGCCGGUCGUCUACGAGUACCCCGCCUACGGCUACAACUCCCGGCCGGGAACCUGCUCCAUAAUGUAGAACUGUAGAUACAAACUUGUAGAGGUCGGGAGGAGAUCGAGAGAUAUACCACGGAUAUUUUCUGUUUUUUUUUUUUUGAUUUCUUUUCAGGGUUUAACUUUGGUGUUGGAUUGCAAAUGCCAAACGUGUGAUCUGUGUUGUGCUAAUAGGAGUAUAUUGAUUAUUGAAGUGGUGUUGUGAUUAGUCGAUGGAUUUCAUUUCACGUGCUA